AUGGCUUCUCAGCUACUUCCCCUUGAGCUCAUUGAUAAGUGUGUUGGCUCCCGGAUUUGGGUUGUCAUGAAGGGUGACAAAGAAUUCUCCGGCACUUUGCUCGGAUUCGACGACUACGUCAACAUGGUUAUGGAAGAUGUGACAGAGUUCGAUUACACCGGUGCUCAAAUCAAGCUCCCUAAGCUCUUGUUGAAUGGGAACAAUAUCUGCAUGUUGAUUCCCGGUGGUGAAGGCCCCGUGGCAAGCUCAUGA